UUUCAGGCAAUGAUAUAUUAAUGAUAUAUAUGUUUGUGGGAAGAUUUUAAUUCGUCACAAUAAUGAAAAUGUGGUUAGAUUUUGCUGAGUGCCUGAAGGACUCUCCAAAAUUUAGAAGCACAUUAGAAGACCAUGAACACUCCAUUACAGAACUGGAAAACCAUCUUGAAAAGCUUGUAAAGAUCUCUACGCAAGUGGUGGAUGCAGGAAAGCACUACAGUCAUGCUAUGGGGUCACUUAUUAACAGUUUUGAUAGCUUGGCGACAUUGUUUUACGAGGAUACAUUUGUGUCUACAGCUUUGAAAAAAUUAAAUACUGUACUUGGCGAAUUGCAGACAUUUUUAAUAGUCUUCUUGGAACAAACCCAAAAAUCCAUUACUAUUAGUUUAAAUCAUUUUAUUAAGGAGGAUAUAAAGAAAGUUCGAGAAACAAAAAAGGUUUUCGACAAAAUUAGUGACGAUUUGGAUAGUGCAUGUAUUCGAAACAGCCAGUUAUUGAAGACAUGCAAAGCAUCUGAUGCUGAAGAGGCGGAAAAUGUUUUGACGGCUACUCAGUCAUGCUUUCAUCAUACAGCAUUAGAUUAUACAUAUUUAAUAAAUAGCUUACAGUCAAAGAGAAGAUUUCACAUAUUAAGUCAGACCGUAAUGUUUGUAAAUGGUCACUUUACAUACCAUAAACAAGGAUAUGAGGCACUUACAAAAUUUGAAACAUACCAAAAACAACUUUCUACACAGUUAGAAGAAUUGCAAGCUGAAUAUUUAUCAGAUCAUAAAGAGAUGGAUGAAAGACACACGUUAGUCCAUACAAAAAAUUUAGAAUUUGAAAAUAUUUUAAACCAAAGCCUUCCCACAAAAAGAAACAUUAUAAUUAUGGAAGGAUAUUUAUUCAAGCGAGCUAGUAACGCAUUUAAAACAUGGAACAGGCGAUGGUUUGUGAUACAAAACAACAAAUUAUAUUACACUAGAAGGUCAAAAUCAGAAGGUAUAACAGAAAUGGUUGAUCUGAGAUUAUCUACUGUCAAACAUGCCCAGGAUAUGGAUAGACGAUUUACAUUUUCUGUGGUUUGUCCAACAAAAUGCUGGUAUUUGCAAGCUGAUAAUGAAUGUUUAAAAGAAAAAUGGAUGUCUGUCAUGCAGAUGGCUAUUGCAAGAGCUUUAAACGAUCCCGAUCAAGGUGGCGAUUUUUCUUCAGAGGACACAUUAGAAAAACUUCAUCCACAAUACCUUUUAACACAGAUUCGUGAUUUGUCAGGAAAUGAUACAUGUGCUGAUUGUUCUCUUCCAAAUCCAAAAUGGGCAAGCAUCAAUUUAGGGAUAGUUGUCUGUAUUGAAUGUUCUGGAAUUCAUAGGUCUCUUGGUGUUCAUAUUUCAAAAGUGAGAUCAAUAACGCUUGAUGAUUGGGAUCCAGAAUCAAUAAAACUUUUAGUUGAACUUGGAAAUGAUGUUGUUAAUAAUGUGUACGAAGCAGAAGUAGACGCAUCUUUGAAAAAACCAACUCCUUCUAGUUCAAGACAAGAAAAGGAGGCUUGGAUUCAAGCAAAGUAUGUUGACAAAAAAUUUGUUACCAAAGUCAAAUCAACCAAUGGUAACCUGAAAAGUCGAUUGAAACGAGGAAAUAUCAUCAAACGCGGUAGCGAUGGUCGAUUAAGAGCGUACACGAUCGAUAAAAUUAACGUGUUAGAAGGUAGUCCUAAAAACGAAAGGAGAGUGGAUGAUAGCCCUAAAGUGGACAGAUCCGCAUCUCUGAAAGAACUUCUGCAUAAUACAUCCUCUGGUGAUUCCUUUUGUACUGGGACAGAUUCAGAAGAUGAUCAUGACGUCACAAGUCUACAUCCUAAUAUGUUACUGUAUCAAGCAUCAAGAAGUAAGAACAUUUCCAUGAUGUUACUUGCAGUUGCCAAUGGUGCUGAUGUGAAUUGGAGAAAUUAUGAGAGUGAGGAAAGAACUGCUCUCCACGAAACUGUCAUUUCGGGUUCAGUGACGGCUAGCGAGUUUCUGUUGCAAAAUGCUGCGCAGGUCAACAUCACAGACAAGCAAGGUCGAAGUGGGCUGCAUUACGCUGCCAUGCAUGGUAGCACUGGUCACACUUGCCUAUUUUUAAAACGCGAUGCCGAUCAAAAGGCUUUAGACAAAAAUGAACAAGACCCGCUGAUGAUUGCGUUAAAAAACGAGAACGCAGACAUAGUAACAUUACUUCGUUUGGCUCGUCUUCAUGAGGAAAUAAAAGAAACUGAUAUCACAAUGGGAGGAGAUGAAACUGUGACAAACGUGUUUCGUGACUUUUCUAACAUGGCAUCACAGCAACCAGAACGAUUAACACGUGACCGGCAUACGAACGUAUGAUAGUUUUUUUUUAAAAAAAAGAAAUUUCUGAAAAAGGUUUAAUUAGGAACUUUUUCUAACCUGCAGUUGAUACUAACGUGUAGUAUACUAUAGUGGUUGAUUUCGCCUUAUACACAAAGAUUUGUUUAAUCUGUUUUUUAUUUGCAAUUCUUGAUCCUCUUACCAAGCAACGAAUUCUAUCCCGCUUUUUUUCUCUUUUAAAUCAAUUCCCAAAGUCUCUAAAUCCAUUUUUUUCUUUUUUUUGAUUUGUCAAUCCAUGACAAUUUAUUAUACAGAAUUGUCGGUCUUCUGAGCGAAUUUUUCUUUUUGAUUAUAGAGAUGCAUCCAUCCUUCAGUGCUAAGUAACCUUUCUUUUAGAUGAUACGUUCGUUCUUUGUCAAAAUUUUUACUUAGACUAAGUACAAAUGCUUAAUGCUUUAUUCUUCAAAUUUUUAUAUACCAUACUCAACACGCGUAGCCAACGCCAGGUUUAUACAGCAUUUGUAUAAUUUUGUCUUAAUGUCGACGCUUGUUUUAUAUAUUUCAUUUUUACCUUGGAAAUUUCCAAAAAUAUGAUUUCCACAGUGAUUUUUAUUUUCUUUCAUGGAAAUCUGCUUUAACAACGAAUUCUCCGUGAUAUAUAUCAGUAGCAUAUACCAAGCUCCAUGAUUAUAUACUAGUAGUGUAUAUCAGUAUCUCCGUGAUAUAUAUCAUUAGUAUAUACGACUAAUAUAUAGCACUUUCCAUUAUAUAUACCAAGACCCAUGAUAUAUACCAGUAGUAUAUAAAAUUAUAUUUGUGAAAUAUUACAGUAGUAUAUACCAGUAGCUCCGUGAUAUAUGCCCUUGUGUAUACCAUUCUCCGUAACAUAUACUACAGACCCAUGAUAUAUGCCAGUAGUAUAUAUCGGUAUGUUUUGAAAAUCAUGUAUAUAUUAAAAAUGGAGAAUUAACUUAGAAAAAAAAAGAGACAAACUUUCUUAUGUUCAGCUGAAGUAUAAACAAAGACCUACAUAAGUUGUUUUUUUUAAAUAUAUGUUAUAAAAGAGUAGUUAUAAUCGAAGGUUGAUCAUCUGGGACAUGAUAGUAGGCGACAUUACCUUGCACGAUGAUAGAGGAAGAAUCUGGCAAAACGUCGCCUACUAAACUAUCAUGUUCAAAUAAUGAUACACCUUGAACAAUAAUAUGAAAACUAAACAGACAAACCAAAAUAAUAUCUUUAAUAAGGAGAAGUUAUUCGACGAAGUCUUUAUCGAUCUGUUAAAGGCUGGUAAAGUUAAAAAAGUAAGAUUUUUAUAUAUCCAUGAUAAAUAUGUAUUUGAUAUGAUCAGGUAAUCUGGGAUUAUGUCGAAUUAUACCGGUAGUUGUCAUAAAACCGGACAUCAAAAUUGGGUGUUGUUGCGGAGACAUUAUUUGGAAGAGAUUUUUAAAAAAGGGUUUGAGCAAUUUGUGGAUCAGUUUUAGUUAUUAACAUAACAUUGCAGCGGAUAAACAUUUGCUGUUUUUAUCAAAAAUUUUUAUUAUAUACUUCUUUCGUUGAUUUAUAUUUCUUCUUUUUUUAUUUUUUAUUUACGGAAAAUAAGAACUAUAUUUUGGUGAAUAUUCUCUGUUAGAAGACUGAUUUUGUACUAAGUAACAUAAAUAUUGUUUUUUAAAACGUAUAUAUUAUAAUAUCGCAUUGAAGUUUAUUAUGGAAAAAAUAUAAUUUGAAAUA